GUACAGAAGAUACUGAACGCGAUUUAGCCCACGUGAAAGGAAACAAGGUAUAGGGGCAUUUUCGUAAUUGGAUCGUCUGUACAAAAAGCAUUGGAGAAAUGAAAGCGACGAAUGACUGAACGAAGGCAAGUUGUCAGAUAGUCAGCGCCAACUCAACUCCGCACUCGCCGCCGAUCUUCUUAUACUCGCCCGCCGUCGUUGAAACAACGUCAUCCUUCAUCGUCGCCGGGUUUUGAAUGGGCGAUUCGCUGGAGAAUUUGGGAUCCGAGGAAGCAUUGGGACCAGAAUCGAGUAUAAUGAAGGAGGAAUUGUGUAUGGAUAUAGAUCCUCCGUUCAAGGAGAACCUCGCUACUGCUGAAGAUUGGCGUAAGGCGCUUGAUAAGGUGGUUCCUGCCGUGGUUGUUCUACGUACCAAUGCUUGUCGAGCAUUUGAUACAGAGGCUGCUGGUGCUAGUUAUGCUACGGGCUUUGUCGUUGAUAAACGCCGCGGGAUUAUACUUACAAAUCGACAUGUGGUUAAACCAGGACCUGUGGUGGCUGAAGCUAUGUUUGUGAACCGUGAAGAAAUACCAGUCUAUCCCAUAUAUAGAGACCCUGUUCAUGACUUCGGAUUCUUCCGUUAUGAUCCUGCUGCUAUACAAUUUUUGAGCUAUGAAGAGAUUCCACUUGCUCCGGAGGAUGCUUGUGUUGGACUAGAAAUCAGGGUUGUUGGUAAUGACAGUGGAGAGAAGGUAUCUAUUUUAGCUGGAACCCUUGCUCGUCUUGACAGAGAUGCUCCGCAUUAUAAAAAGGAUGGAUACAAUGACUUCAACACAUUCUACAUGCAAGCUGCUUCCGGGACUAAAGGUGGUUCAAGUGGCUCCCCUGUAAUAAAUUGGCAAGGGCGAGCUGUUGCAUUGAAUGCUGGGAGCAAGUCAUCAAGUGCUUCUGCAUUUUUCUUGCCGUUAGAACGAGUUGUCAGGGCACUGAAAUUCUUACAGGAGGGAAAGGAUCUUACUACAAAUAAAUGGGAGGCUGUCACUAUUCCUCGUGGUACGCUUCAGGUAACUUUUCUCCACAAAGGAUAUGAUGAAACUCGGCGGCUUGGCCUCCUUAGUGCCACAGAACAGUUGGUGCGGAAUUCCACUCCACCCAGUGAGACUGGAAUGCUUGUCGUUGAUUCUGUGGUGCCCGGUGGCCCAGCUCACAAACAUUUGGAGCCUGGUGAUGUGCUUGUUCAUAUGAAUGGGGAGGUGAUUACUCAGUUCCUGAAGAUGGAAACUUUACUAGAUGACAGUGUCGGGCAGAAAGUUGAGCUUCAAAUUGAAAGGGGUGGAACUCCUUUGACAGUGGAACUGUUGGUCCAGGAUUUGCACUCCAUUACUCCUGACUGCUUCUUGGAAGUCAGUGGUGCAGUCAUUCAUCCCCUUUCUUAUCAACAGGCUCGAAAUUUCCGCUUUCACUGUGGUCUUGUCUACGUGGCAGAAACAGGAUAUAUGCUUUUUAGAGCAGGAGUUCCUCGCCAUGCCAUCAUUAAAAAAUUUGCCGGAGAAGAUAUAUCAUCCCUUGAAGACUUAAUUUCUGCUUUAUCUAAGUUGUCUAGGAGUGCAAGAGUACCAUUGGAGUAUAUAAGCUACAACGAUCGUCACCGGAAAAAGUCUGUACUGGUCACAAUUGACCGCCAUGAAUGGUAUGCGCCUCCUCAGAUAUAUAAACGUGAUGACAGCUCUGGUUUAUGGACUGUGAAACUUGCCUUGCCACCUGAGUCGCCACUUCUGUUCUCCGGUGUUGAUCCUGGCAAACAAGUUUUGUCAAAUCAUAGUGUUUCUUCUUGUGCUACUGAGGUUAGUGCAAUGGAUCUUAGGCCUCAACAACUCAGCCAAGAAUCAAUGGAUGGAGUUACCAAUAUGGAGACUAGUUGUGACGAUGUUCCAGAGGGACUUAACAGUCAGGAUGAUUCUGAUGCUGGAACUAAGAAACGGAGGGUGGAAGAAAACUUAUCUGCAGAUGGCAAUGUAAUAAUUGACCACUCUUUAAAUGGACAUAGAGAGGAGAGGUUUGGUGAAUCUGGGGCUGUGGAUGAUGCUGCUCUGAGAGAUUGUCAAGGUGCUGCACCUGUGGCUAAUAAUGCCUCUGUUGCUGAACGUGCAAUAGAGCCUACUCUUGUGAUGUUUGAGGUCCAUGUACCAUCAUUAUGCAUGCUUGAUGGAGUUCACUCACAGCAUUUUUUUGGAACUGGUGUUAUCAUAUACCAUUCCCACUACAUGGGCUUGGUUGCAGUUGACAAAAACACUGUUGCUGUUUCAGUUUCUGAUAUAAUGCUAUCUUUUGCUGCUUUUCCUAUUGAGAUUCCUGGAGAGGUAGUUUUCCUCCAUCCUGUCCAUAAUUUUGCUCUGGUUGCAUAUGAUCCUUCUGCUCUAGGAGCUGCUGCUGCUUCUGCUGUUCGUGCUGCUGAACUUCUUCCUGGGCCAUGAAAUUGAAUUACUUGUGGGAACGGAUGUGAGGGAUGGACAUGGAACAACUCGUGCAAUAAAUUGGUGUGGUUGUAUUGUCCAAGAUCCUCAUCCAGCAGUACGUGCACUUGGAUUUCUUCCUGAGGAAGGCCAUGGAGUAUAUGUAGCAAGGUGGUGUCAUGGAAGUCCAGUACAUCGAUAUGGUCUUUAUGCUCUUCAAUGGAUAGUUGAAGUCAAUGGAAAACCAACUCCCUCUUUGGAUGCUUUUGUUGACGUCACGAAGACAAUAGAGCAUGGAGAGUUUGUCCGGGUACGAACAGUCCACCUGAAUGGGAAGCCCCGAGUACUUACAUUGAAGCAGGAUUUACACUACUGGCCAACAUGGGAGUUGAGGUUUGAUCUGGAAACUGCUAUGUGGAGGCGCAAAACAAUCAAAGCUUUGGACUCUGGUGUUUUGUGAAUUGACUCGGGUGAUUAGACUUGACUGCAGAAGAGAACGUUGAAUAUUCACUGUAUUUGAUGCUAGUUUAGUCCAACUUGUUGGAGUUGAAAGUCGCCAUACAUCAAUAUAUGCAAAAUCAUUUAAAGCAGGUAUCUGGCUUCAUUGCCUAUUUGUUGUAAAUGACCAUUUAUUUGAUGAAAUAAUUAAGUUGGUAGUAUAUUAGACAAAAGUUAUAGGUUGUAGCGCCAUACAUGUCAUUGUGAAUCUGAAGAUGUAAACCAUGAACUAGGGGUUACUUUUAGCCACCAGAUUCGUGGCGAGUCCCUUUUUAGACCUAUAGACUGAAAGCAUUUUUUCUUCUGAAA